AUGAGUUUCUUGCAAAAACUUGAAGUAAAACCAAAGGACGGUGGUCAAGAAGUAGACAAUCUACAAAACCAUGAUUUGAUACCUAUGACUCCUCUGAGAAGGCUCUGGAACUACGCCAGUUACUUUAGUUUCUGGACUGUUUCAGAGUGUAGUAUUUCAACUUGGUCGUCAGGUGCAUCCUUGCUUUCGUUGGGCUUAAACGUUAAGGAAUCUAUUGGUGUUAUUAUUGUUGGUAAUACUAUCAUCAGUACAUUGUCUGUGUUGAACGGUGGUCCAGGUUACUACUUUCAUGUCGGUUACACUGUCUGUCAAAGACUUGUAUUUGGUAUCAGAGGCAGUUACUUUGGAGUAGCAAUUAGAACAAUCUUGAGCAUUGUAUGGUAUGGUUCACAGGCAUGGCUUGGAGGUCAAUGUUUAGGUAUCAUAUUCAGUUCCUGGUCCUAUUCGUAUUUACAUAUGGAAAAUACGCUCCCGUUAUCUGUGCAUUUGACGACUAGAGAUUUGAUUUCAUUCCUCCUUUUCCAACUUAUAUCGAUUCCAAUGCUUCUUAUCAGACCUGAAAAACUUAGUAUGUUUCUUCACGUCUCUUCGGUGGCAGUAUUUGUUGCAAUGAUCUCGGUUUUUGCAUGGUCGAUUGGCCAUAAUGGAGGUGCUGGGCCAUUGUUGAAUGCACAAAGUAACUUCUCCUCCAAGUCAGCUCAUGCUUGGGCAUGGAUAUAUGGUAUCACUUCAUGGUAUGGAUCUUUAUCUUCUGGCAUAACCAACAUGUCUGAUUUCACUAGAUACUCCAAGAGAAAGUCAAGUUGUGUACCUGGUACUUUUGGUGCUAUAAUGACAUUUGGAACUGUUAUGCCUCUUUUUGGCUUGCUUUCUGCAUCAGCUACAUCUGAGAUAUACGGUCAGGCUCUUUGGAUGCCACAUAUGAUCGUUGAACAAUGGAUUAUUGCUGACUACAGUUCUAGGUCAAGAGUAGCCGCAUUCUUUGCGUCUUUAUGUUUCCUCUCCUCCCAAUUAGCCCUUAACUUAUUGUCCAAUGGUAUUGCAGGUGGUAUGGAUAUGUCUGGAUUGUGCCCUAAAUACAUAAACAUUAAACGAGGAGCUGUGCUUACUUCCCUAUUAUCUUGGGUAGUUCAACCAUGGUUAUUCUACAACACGUCUUCGAGAUUUGUGGUAGUUAUGUCGUCAUUCUCAGUAUUCAUGUCACCAAUUAUUGCUAUUAUUAUGUCGGAAUUCUGGAUAAUCAGGAAGAGAAAACUUAAGCUAAGCGAUUUGUAUUCUAAUGAAGUGGAUUCAAUCUACUGGUACUGGAAUGGAUUCAACUUGAAGAGUUUCUUCAUAUUCAUUGUUGUUGCCACACCUGGUCUUCCAGGUUUGAUUCAUAUGGCAAACCCAAAUAUUUCAAUUAACCAGGGAAUACUUCACUACUACUAUGGUAACUGUAUCUUUGGAUUCUGUAUUGCUUUCUUCUUGAAUAUCGCUUUGAAUUACAUUUUUCCUUCCAAGGCUAUACAUGCACUUGAUUCCGUUGAUUACUUCCACACCUUUACUAACGAAGAAUGUCUCAAGAUGGGCAUUACACCAGCUGAAAACGAGAGUGACCGCCAGUCCAAUCAAUCUAAGGAUGUGGAAUUAAUUCAAGAAAUUAAUGUUGAGAAGAACUCUGUUUAA